AUGGCCGCGCCAGCGAGACCACCGCCCACGAGGAGGCGCACCCGGAAGCGCAAGCGACGCGCCGCCUCCAGCUCGUCUUCGGACGCGGACUCGUCGUCCUCGGACAGCGACGCCCCCGCUGCUGCUCGUCCUCCACGCCCGGUCGCAGCAGGCGUGGCCUCACCCGACGCGGCGCAGUCCUCCGAGUCCUCAGACACGGAGUCCCAGUCGUCCUCGGAGGACGAGUCUCCCCGUCGCGCCCAGCAGAACACCCGUCCGAGUGCGCCCUCUCCACCGCCCGCUCGCCGCUCGCCUACGCCUGAACCCCGUCCCACUCCCGUACCGUCGUUUCUUGGACACACCGACGAUCAAGACCACCUCAGGCAACGCUUCAGGAAGUUUUGGAUGGCUUCCGUUGUCGAUGCCUUCAGCGACGAUCUGGGGGAGAUUCGUAAGGAGGCCAAUCUGUCGACACCUCGCCUUGCGCUCCUUAUCGACUCUUUGGCUGCUGGAGCGGACGUCUUCUCAUCCUCGCAUGGUGCCGAUAACGGGGGCAUCGACGAGACGGAUGUCGCGAUGCGCGACCCAUGA